UUUUUUUUCUUUUAAAGAACACUUAACCACAUCCUUUCAGUCUUUCUCCUUCCCCAUGCUGGGCCUUCCUUUGUGACAUUACUUCUAACUGCAACAUCCGGAAGAGAGUAAAUUGGGGUUUGGAGUUGAAGGAAUGAAAAGGAAAUAAAAUUUUUUUGGCUCCCUCGCCCAUCAGUUUUAACAGUAGUUGUUAUAGACAGAGAGGUGCAGGUUCAUGUAUGUGCCCUUGUGGGAGGCUCAUGUCUGGCCAUAAGACAGAGCCUGGACUCCUGAGUGGGGGGAAGACAUUCAGUCUUGAGCCAUCUUUGUUGUCCACAUUACCCGGCAGGGGGCAGGGACCAUUCUAAACCGCAGGAGAGAGUCCCUGAGGGCAUCAGGCCACUGGGGGUGGCAGGAAGCAAUGCUGUCAGAAAACCUUUUUAUUAUCUUAGUUCAGGAAGUUACUACUGGUGUAUGCAUUCUUAGAAGACGUCUUCUCUGAUAGGGUUAUUACUACAAAUACAGAAAUGCCUUAGAACCACAAAUGACUCAGUUCAUGUAAUUUCCAUUUCUCAUUGUACCUUCAUUUAUUUUGAGCAAUUUCCAGCAGACCCCCUUCUACCCUGAAACAUACACCGAAGGCUGCAUUAGAUCCUCUAAAUUACAUGUUUGGUUCAGAGAACCAAAUCACUGGGAGCCUUCCUGGAAAGGUUUGACCUUAGGGACUUUAGCCAGCAUAACUUAAUGAUUGACUUUCAGUGUGUUCCUAUGCAAAAAAUAAAAGCAGGUGAGUUUUUACGUAUUUAAUUUUCAGAAUUCUACUGCAAAAGGAUAGAGAGGAAAAUCCAGUUGCAGAGUACACAUCAUUAUUUGAGGGGAAUUUCUGUUUUUAUUUUAUUUAUUGGUUGCAAUGCCACAUUCUAGAUCCUAUAUUUGUAGGAAUGGAAAUACACAGUAAAAAGAAUAUGUACACUGUCACUACCUUUCAACAAAGCCACAUUACUUACUUGUGGAAUUUUUUAGUAACUUGAUGGAAAUAGUUGGAUUUUUUCCAUUAAAAACAACAAAGUUCUUGUCUGUUACUCCUCAUGUAUAUUUAUGCAUUUAAAAAUACAUCUCUAGGAUAAGCAGAUUCAUUGAAGAAUGCUCGUGUUUUUUUAAAAAGGCUAUAUGGGAAAAUACAUGGUUUAAGACCCGGGGCACUGUCUUGCCAGUGGGCCCCGAGCCUCGGCAGUGUUUCAUUAAUGACCUCAGCGCUGUUUUUUUCCUUCCUCCUCUGGUGGUUGAGGACAGACAAUGAAUGGUCUCUGUGCUCGCCCGGGCUCAGCUGGGUAGUGACUAUUAUGCCUUUGUGCUCCGUGGGGCGGGCUGCCGGUUUGGUGGUACCGCGGAUCCCGGCCUGCCCUGACAUUGCCAUUCUCUUUUCUUUCAGCUCCGCCAUCCCAUUAGAGGAAAGCUGCUGUUCAGUCCGUGAAGACGUGUGCCGCAGAGUAGGAGACACUCCCAAAGAGUUUCAGCGCCCAUUUGGACUUCCACAACCAGAGAUGACAGCAAAGGUGGCGUCCUGGAAAGCCACCGAGCCUUGGUCUUUUCACCCGGUCUACGCAAGGUACUGGCGCCAUUAUCACCAGGCCAUGGCCUGGAUGCGGAGCCACCACAGCGCCUACAGGAAGGCGGUGGAAUCUUACUGCAGUUGCCCGUGGGCCUGCCUUCCUGCGGCUCUUCCCCAGAGCCCUCCCACGAACAAGGCCAAGCCUCAGCCCUCUCGUGACCAUCACCCGGCCUCCACGGACUCGCACUGCGUUCCUUCACCUUCUAGAAGGUCCGGGCAGCAUCCAGCAGCCCGCCCCAGAGAACGCCGAGCUUGGCGUGCCGAGGAGGAGGAGGAGGAGGAGGAGACGGCGGAGUCCGAGUCAGACGGGGGUGUGGAGUGCGACCUGAGCAACAUGGAGAUCACAGAGGAGCUGCGCCAGUACUUCGCCCAGACCGAGAGGCACCGGGAAGAGCGACGGCGGCAGCAGCAGCUGGAUGCCCAGCGCCUGGACGACUACGUGAACGCCGACCACGACCUGUACUACAGCACCCACCGCUCGGUGCACCCCCCGUCCGAGAGGCCCGGCGAGCGGCGCCAGGCCGAGAUGAAGCGCUUGUAUGGGGACAGCGCCGCAAAGAUCCAGGCCAUGGAGGCCGCCGUGCAGCUGAGCUUCGACAAGCACUGUGACAGGAAGCAGCCCAAGUACUGGCCGGUCAUCCCGCUCAAGUUCUGAGCCCGGGGCACUGCGUACCCAGCCAUCACCCCCUUCCUUUUGGAUUCGCUGAAUCUCUCCUGUGCAUCUUCUCAGGGAAAUUUCUCUUAUACUGAGAAAUCAGCAUGUCACCAAAGUCCCAGGGGGCCCGUCUCAGGGCUGGAUGUAACACGCUGGCCACUUGAAGUCAGCAAGAUGUGUACUGUUGCCAACAUGAAAGAUUUUCUGUUGAUCCAAAAUGAUAAUUUCAUGUAUAUCGUGCUUUCAUGUAUAUCACUGAUACUCUCCAGUUCAUUAAAGUCCUCACUUAGAGAC